AUGACGCUGGGCCAAUACGUAGUUUUUUUUUUCGAUAAUAGCAAUGGCCGUAAUGUCGACGUAUUGCCCGUCAAAUGGCGGCCAAGUGGGAAAUUCAAGCCGUCUAAAGAUAUCACUAUUUAUAGAUUUGCCAACAUCUCAGAAGAUUCAGCAAACGAUCUCGUAAGAACAACGUUCAGUACAGCCCUAUUAUUAAAUAAGCGCAGAGAAGAUAUCGAUAACAACAUGGAUAUCCGUAAAACCUACAGAUGGAGUGAAAGUAGCAAGAAAUUCAAGGAAGACAAGCGUGGCAAGUUCGAUGCAGAUCAUAAAGAGAUCACUACAUAUAGUAAGAGUGCCAAGGGGGAACUUGUACUUGACAUAAAUGGGAGACUUGACAAGCGUGGGAAGGAAGUCACGAAAUACAAAUAUUGCCAAGCGGAUCGGGAUUAUCGUCGAGAUGUCAAUGGGGAUAUUGAUGAAGAGAAAGUCCACAGACCUCGCCGGGAGGUGAAAAGAGUCUCGACAACAUCUAGUCUUACAGCUGCCAUUGAGAAAGAGAGAGUAGUGGCCCAGCGCGAAGGAGAUAGAAAUAGACGGUUGGAAGCUGCAGAAGCUAGACAAAGACAAAGUCAUGGUGAAUCAUCAAGGAUAUCCACAGGAGGAGGCUCAGAUGGACAGCCUCGUACAGCAUCCAGAGAGAGACAGAGUGGGCGAGCUCUUACUGCAGAAGAGGUUGCGGAACAAGACGAUGAUGAUGCAGCAGCAGUAGCACUGUAUGAUGGCAACGGUCCAGUUAUCCGACCCCAGCGUGCCAACGCCCGGACUUCAAGGCCCAACCCACCGGGCUACGGAGAACAUCUCAAUGACCCGAAGGUUAAAGAUCGAGAUGAAAUAUAUCCGGGGGGACCUCUAAAUCGAGAUCUCCCGGAUUACGCCCCUGAACCUCGCUCGAUUCCUGGGCCAACUGGUCAGACUCCCAACUUAAGCCAACGGUUGCCACAAAAUACAAAAGCCUUCGCAGAUUUCGGUGGUAGACGCAUAGCUAAUGCUCCUCCCGACUAUUCAAGUGACGAGCGUAGGCGCGGAAACAUCCUGUCCAGUAGUGAAGAAGGAACUCUUAGCAUUCCUAGUGGUUCGGAUAGUGGUUUAAACAUGUCUGGCUUGGUAGAGGCAUUACCAGUAUCCGGAGGAAGAUCCACGUCUAAGAGUCCGCCUGAGGUGAAGGCUGUCUCAAAGAAGGGAAGUUCUUCGAAAGCAGCAGAGCCGAAAUUAGCCGGAAAGUCCUCGACACAAAGGGGAAGUAGCCGAACUGGGGAUCGUGGUUCUAAAGCAAGAGGUACUAGCGAGGAGAGAAACUCUAGGGACAAGGGUAAGGGUAAGCAGCGUGCUGAUGCAAGAGAAGAUCCGACAAAAGGAAGUAGUUCCAGGAGGCAUCGCGGAUCGUCGUCGGAUGAUCUUUAUGGAAAGAGUUAA